AUGCGAACGUAUCCUUUGCUUCUAGUAGCUGCUACCACCCUAUCUGCCUAUGCUGAUACGUCGUCAACAAGAUCGAGUUCGACAUUGGAGCGACCAGCAUUGUCUCAUCAGCACGCCCCCCAGCGGAUGCUGCGAGAUGGGGCGGAAACAGCCGAAGAGGAGAGGAUGCCGAAUAUAGGAGAGGCAUUCGUUGAAUCCAUAUCGGAAAAAGUAAGUGAAGGAACACUGACAAAACUCACUGACGGAUUAUCGGCCAAACCCGCUGAAGCACUUCUGUCGCCUUCCAUUUUUGAGAAGUAUAAGAAGUUCUUGCCUCCAAAGAAAUCUGAGGAGGAUGUCGUUGAUCUACUGAACAACAAGAUAUUUAUAAAUUUUGUUAGCAAAGUUCGGAAAAACGAGAAAAUUACCAAGCCAGAAAAAUUCAUCGCGAAAUUUUUGGCGGAACAUUACUCUGACGAUGCUUUUUUAGCGAUGCUUAAAACAACCCCAGAGCAUUCGGCCGAACAAAAUGAACUCGCGACCAGAUUACAAGAUGAGUGGAUACAACUAACGGUCGAAAAAGCGGGGCCACUAACCGACGAUGCGAUCAACCAUGUGCGCGAGCUUCUAAUUCCUGAUGACAACUUGCUAAGCUCCACACGUUUCGAGGCGUAUUUCGAGCUUUUGAAACGUAGAAAGAACUUCAAGGCCAGAUUUAUUAGAUCAACGAUUGAUUAUGCUGCCCUUUUGAAGAUGCUGCAAAAGUCUACAGAGGUUGAAGCUACGAAAGAAAUCGCGACACGUAUACACAAAAAGCACGGUGCUAAACAACCCAAACUUCAAGUUGUGGGCCGAAUUUGUGAGAACAACAACGUGAAUUGGAUGGUAAGCCGACGGAACAGUAUGCGGAGAUGGCAAAAAUUCUGGAUCGAAAAAUUCGGAAAGAAAACACUAAAGCAAAUGCUGAAAGUGGCCUCGAAGGACAAUGAAACGAAAGAAAUUGCGGAAGGUUUAAGGUCUGAAUUGGGAAUGUUGUCAACAUUUGAGAAAUUAUACAAACGAAUAAUCGGAUCAUGA